GGCGCGACGACGACGACGGGCGACGCGCGCGCGCGACGCUCGACGCACGCGCGACGCGCGCGCGGCGCGACGGCGCGCGCGGUGAUCGCGGUGAUCGCGGCGGUGUGCGCGACGACGACGACGACGGCGACGACGGCGACGGCGACGGCGAUCGGCGCGGCGCGCGCGGCGUCGACGCGGGCGGUUCGGUACGGCGCGCGACGCGACGUCGGGGGUGAGGGACGACUCGGGACGACGCGCGCGCGCGCGAGCUCGAGCUCGGUGGACGACGCGCGCGCGAUGGCGUCGUACCCGGCGCCGAUCGUCGUCGAACCGCGGGGAGGCGACGCGAACGCGGCGAUGAUUCUGUUGCACGGAUUGGGCGACACCGGACGCGGAUGGGCGGGCGCGGCGGGGCAGAUUCCCACGCCAGCGGGCGCGCACGUGCGAUGGGUGUUUCCGACGGCGAAAACGAUGCCGGUGACGCUGAACGGAGGGAUGCGCAUGACGGCGUGGUUCGAUUUGAACGCGUUGGACGAACGCUCCAUCGUGGACGACAGAGGCGAAAUCGACGCGUCGGUUGAAUAUUUGAACGCGUUGGUGCGAGAGCAGAUGGAUAAAGGAAUUCCGAGCGAGAAAAUUAUGAUCGGCGGGUUCUCGCAGGGCGGCGCGAUCGCGCUGACGGCGGCGUUGCGGUCGGAGGUGAAGCUCGCGGGGUGCGUGGCGAUGUCGACGUAUCUUCCGUUGCGCGCCGAUUACCCGGACAGGUUCGGCGCGCACGCCAAGAGUUUGAAGAUUUUUCAAGCGCACGGAACGAGCGACAUGGUGUUGCAAUACUCGUACGGAAAAAUGUCCGCGGAAUUGAUGCAAGCGGCGGGCGUCGAUGUUGAUUUUAAGACGUACAACGGGAUGGCGCACAGCGCGUGCGCCGAGGAAUUCGACGACGUCGCCGACUUCUUGAAAGCCAGGCUGGCUGGAUGA